GAAUGGAUCCUAUUAGAAGAUUUCGUCUACUUGAGUUACGUUUCUUAUCAGGAAUCAUUUGCAUUAAAAAAUGGAGGAAAGCUGACACGAGGAAAAGAUUUCACCUUCAUUGCUUGGGAUCAGCAAACAGUGAACUUGGACGACAUCGUCCUGCCGUAUCAUCUUGCAAUCACCGGCGCCAGGCUGAAACCAUGGAGACGAAGGCGAUUUCGACAGCCCAGUUGAGAUACAAGUCCGAGCUACCUUCGUCGAUUACAAGAGUGGAAAACUGGACACGGAUCCAGAAGGAUCCCAAUGGUUCACCGUUCGCAAUACGCCUACUCCAUUGCCUGAGUAUUCACAGCAAAGAACAAAGUACACGAAUCCGGGUGACCUCGGUGAUCCGACAAAAUCUCCGAUUAAUGAACCCGUUUCAAAACCUAAUCAAUUUUCUAAAUUCACGGUGUCAAGUUUGGCUUCAACUGAAGGAAAUUACACUCUUCCUUUGUUCGAUCUGAGACCAGUUUCAUUUACUCCAAGUUUUCCUUUGGGUGGAGUCGGGAUUUAUCUGAAGCAUGGUGAAGAUUACGGCGAAAUUCUUGCUCUGAAAGUCUUCAAUAUUGAUAUCAGACCGCAUCUUGAUCCUGUGUUAUCUGAUGAGAAGUUAGAAACUUAUGAAGAUGCUUAUAUCCCAGAUGAUGAAGAUGAAGAUGAAGACGAAGACGAAGAC